AUAGCAGCAGCAGCAGUAGCAGCAGUAGCAGCACCAGUAGUAGCAGCAGCAGCAGCAACAGCAGUAGAAGCAGCAGUAGCAGCAGCAGCGGCUGAUCGAGAGGGGUGUGGGGGGUGGCAGAAGCCGUGGCGCUGGGACCGGUCGGUUCGGGUUUCCGCUCCGUCGAUUCGGGUUUUCGCUCCGAGCGACUUUGACCUGCAAGCGGCCCCAGCGGGUCGACAGCAUCGCCCGCAGUCUGCCCGACACGCAACGCGCGGACAGCAAUGCCGGAUUGGAUCUAAAUCUGGAGCUGGAUUUGCUUCGGAACCUGGAUCGGGAUCGGGACCGGGAUCUGGUUCGAGAUUUGAAUCCUGAUCCAGAAGGAGAUCUGCUCCGGCAUCUGAAUCCGAAUCCCCCAUCGGGAACCGGUUCGGGAUCUGAAUCCUGAUCUGGAGCGUAGUCCGUUGCGGGCAUCCGGCUUGUGCGCCAUGGAUCGGCUGCCGUCUGCGGGCGGAUCGAAGCGUCUGAGGCCGUGGCUGCUGGAGCAGAUCGAGAGCGGCCUCUACCCGGGUCUGCGCUGGGAGGACGACUCCAAGGCCACGUUCCGAAUCCCCUGGAAGCACGCGGCCAAACACGACUACUGCCAGCAGGAAGAUGCGGCCCUUUUCAAGGGCUGGGCGCUGUUCAAGGGCAAGUUCCGGCAGGGAGACCGCGCGGACCCCCCUGCGUGGAAGACGCGUCUGCGCUGCGCCCUCAACAAGAGCUCCGACUUCGAGGAGGUGUCGGAGCGCAGCCAGCUCGACAUCUCCGAGCCCUACAAGGUCUACCGCGUGCUGCCAGAGGGCUCCCGGGGAAAAGGAGACACGGACGAUGACGACGACGUCACGGACGACAAGAUGAACAUCGUCAACACAGACGCCUACAGCGUGUAUCGCAGACAGACGGCCUCCAACAGGCAGUGCCACAAGAGGCACUCCCAGCUCGCGGAUCGCAGUCCCUGGCACUCCCAGCACGCCAAUAUGUUUGCCGGACAGAUGAAGAAUAUCAUCUCAAACAUCGACCCAGGCUUCUACGAGAUGGACGUGCUGGUCAAGUACAAGGACGAGCGAGUGCUCUACGCCCGCGUGUCGCACCCCCUCGGCUGCCGCCUCGCCUUCAACGCGGGCGCCCAGGCCGGCUACGACCCGCUCACCGCCAUGCUGCACUUCCCUCACCCGGCCGCCACCACCGUCGCUUCCGCGCUAGCGUCACCGCAGCAGCAGCACCAGCAGCCAUCGCUGUUCUACCCGGGCCGUCACGGCGAGCUCUUGGCCGCCGCGCUCGGCAGCCUGGGCCGGGGAUUGACCCUCCGCGUGGACGCGGCGCUGGGCAGGCUUCAGGCCGAGCGGCUGUGCCGGGGCCGCGUCUACUGGAGCGGCCCGUGCGCGCCCACACACUCGGGCAGGCCCAACAAGAUGGAGCGCAGGGCGGCCGUCACCCUGUUCGACCGCGACAGCUUCAUGAGAGAGCUCCACAACUUCACGCUGGGAGGUCCGGAGCCUCAGACGGAGAUCGUCCUCUGCUUCUGUGAGGAGUAUCCCGGUGGGAACCUGCAGAAGAAACUCAUCACAGCGCACGUGAGUGAGACCGGAAAUCAUCAUCAUCGUGGUCAAGAUCAUCAUCAUCGGCGUCAUCGUCAACGCCAUCAUCGUCCCCAUCGUCAUUAUCAUUGUCAGUAUCGUCCUCAUCAUCACUAUCAUCAGCAUCACUAUCAUCAUCUUCAUCAUCAGUAUUGUCAUCAUCAAUAUCGUCAGUUUCAUCAUCAGCAAGCAUCAUCAGUAGCAGUGACAGCAUCAUUAUCAGUAGUAAGAACAGGAGCAGCAGCAGUAGUAUCAAUUGCGUCACCACCACCUCCAUCACUUCCAUCACCACCACCUGCGGAUGGACUCGCCCCCGCCAUAGGAAAGUGAUAUUUCCACCACUGCCUCUGCAGGGCUGUGAACAGAC